GGACUUUAGAGGAUCGUUGCCGCAGAACCGGCAGCAUCUGGUUAAGUGCGGGAUACGCGCUCAUUUACUGGUGAAGAGCAGAGUGAAUUGCCUGCCAUGUCAAGCAGCUGGACCGACACCGAGUUCAAGGCCGACGAGUCUUUCGACGCCAACUCGUUCCCGACGUCUUCGCCCGGCUUCUCGCUGCCGGACUUUGGCAGCACGUCAAACGUCGACCUUGGCGUCAUCUCGCCCGUCUUUGGCGUGGCCGACAACGCGACGUCCGCUGCUGACUACCUAGAGUACGAUGUCAAAGGCCGUGGCUUCCACGAGCGCGCCACGCAUACCAUUGGCCUCUCGUACUUUGGUGGCAUUAUCGGUGGCGGCGCCUACGGUGCCCUCGAAGGUGUCCGCAACAGUCCCAGCCGCAAGUUCAAGGUGCGCAUGAACUCGCUCUUCAACGCUGCGGGCCAGCGCGGCUCGCGCGCCGGCAAUGCGCUUGGCGUCCUUGCGCUCAUGUACUCGGGCUGCCAGGAAGUUGUUGACACGCUUGAGCUCGACCAGUAUGGUGUCUUUGACAAGGCGCUGCCGAUCGUUGCGGCUGGCGCCACGGGCAUGAUCUACAAGUCCACGGCGGGUACGCGCCCGAUGCUCAUGGCUGGCGCCAUUGGCGCGAUCUUGAUGGGCGGUGUCCAGUUUGGCGAAAGCGUCCUCGGCGUGCGCUACUAAGCACGCAACGUGUUUGUAUUUCUUCCUAGAGACCUCGUAAGUUAACACGAGUCGGUUGCGCCUCG